AUGACAGAGCAAGCCGUGGCAGUUGCUACCCCGGAUGGCCUCUCACCCACAUCUCAAACCAACAAACUCAUGACGCCAGCUCCAUCCGUCGCACUUGAUGCGCCCAGUUGCUUUCUUCAGCUGCCCGCAGAACUGCGGUUCCUAGUAUACUCAUAUCUUUCGCCAUACUCCUCGACCGAUCGAAAGCACUUCGGCAAAACCCAGCACCUCGACCUCAUACAAACAUGUCGCCGAAUCCGAGAAGAAGCACCACCGGAAAUUCACAAGGCCGCUGAAGGUUUCUACCGUGACUACGAGAAGAACUGGUAUGAAAAAUACAGCGAGAGCAUUCACAUCAAGAAAGAACUCUCUUGGGACUGUACAGGUGCUUGA